AUGUCCUUUCCGUGCUGUGAGGAUGAUCAGGGUGACCACGACCCCAAUGCGUAUCGCUUGACGGAAGUCGUGCUAGUUGGACCUGCGCCGGCACCAGAGGAGCGAGAGUCUCGGCCAGAGACGCUUUUGCGCAAUGGUUCCCGGUACACAGGGGAGUGGAAAGGAAAUUUCCGGGACGGCUCGGGCAGCUUGGUUUGGCCUGAUGGUGCCAGCUACGUAGGCGAGUUCUUGGAGGAUGUGGCAGAAGGCUACGGGAAGUUCAUCCAGCCAGAAGGGGAUGUCUAUGAAGGCCACUGGAGAGCCGACAAAGCCCACGGGAAAGGAAAGUACACUCAGGUCGACGGGGCCGUCUUUGAAGGCGAAUGGGUAGCUGACCAACAGCAUGGACUGGGCCAGGAAACCUGGCCCGAUGGUUCUACUUACGUUGGCGAGUACCUUGAGGGAAAGAAGACGGGAAAAGGCACUUUUUCUUGGCCUGGCGGGUCAAAGUACUCGGGCACCUUCAAGGACAAUGAGAUCGACGGUGAAGGAACCUACGACUGGUCGGACGGCCGGCGUUAUCACGGACAGUGGAGCAGAUGUAAGAUGCAUGGCAUCGGUACAUGUGUUUGGCCCGAUGGAAGAUCCUACGAAGGUCGUUACCACUACGACAAGAAACAUGGUUACGGUGUUUUCCGUUGGCCAGAUGGCAGCCGCUUCACGGGUGAGUGGCAAGACGGCAAGCAGCAUGGUGCUGGCUGUUUCUGGCCACCUGGAGCCCUCGAGCCACGCAAAGGCGUUUGGGAGCAUGGGAAGCGUGUUAAGUGGUCUUCGUGA